AUGCCAUGCAACAAUGAAACUAAGUCCAGAGCUGAUGCUGCUUCUGGACCAAAUUCAAACAUUCCUGAUCCUGAAUUCAACAAGUUUGGGCUUGACGAGGAUAUGGCAAAAAACAUUUUUAGAGCUAAUCAGACAUGGGCUCUUUUUGCUCCAGAAGAUGGCAUGCCAAGAUUCUAUGCUCUUGUCAAGAAAGUGUACACCUCUGGAUCUAAGCUGAAGAUCACCUGGCUGGAGCCAAAUCCAAAUGACCAAGGUGAGAUUGCUUGGUGCAACAAGGAGUUGCCAGUUGCUUGUGGUAAGUACACACUUGGUCACAGUGAAGAAAUUACAAAUCAUCUUAUGUUUUCUCAUCAGAUGCACUUCAGAAGAGGCAGGGGCAGAAACUCUUUUCUGGUAUAUCCUAGGAAGGGAGAAACCUGGACUCUCUACCACAACUGGGAUAUUGGAUGGAGUUGUGAGCCUGAAAAGCAUGUACCUAACAAAUUUGAAUAUGUGGAAGUCCUGCAAGAUUUUAAACAAGAUGUUGGCAUUGAAGUUGCUUAUUUAGGCAAAGCAAAAGGAUUUGUCAGUCUGUUUAAGCAAACCGAGAUGUGCAGGGUUGUGUCAUUUCGAGUGCCGCCUAACGAGCUAUAA